AUGCGCUCCGCUCGUUUGGAAGCAAAGUUUGGCGCAAAGUCCGAGCCCGACCAUGUACAUACACCCAGGCUUCCAUCUCCUCCUGGCACAACCACUCCGCCAACUGCGCCGCAUGCUCGUGCAAACGUCAACAACAAUGACAACACCUCCACUUACAAGAAUGAAACAUCGACCACUUCGCGCAAAACAUCAGAAGCUAUUGACCCGGACGCCUUGAGCAAAGCACUGCAGCAGUUCGAAGAAGCCGGUCGGAAUCGGGAACACACUCCAGGAGAAAGCCCCAAGCGCAAGAGGCAGCGCGUUUACACAGAUCGCUUCAUACCCAAUAGAGCUGGCCAGGACCUUCAUGCCAGUUACAACCUACUGCACGACCAGGCAUCUCCUGCUACGCCACAUCGUGCCAUCAAGAAGCCUCCUGCAAAUGAGCUCCACGGCCAAAAGACCGACGAGGCCAACCGAACAUAUUCAUCCAUCCUGCGCUCCGAAAUGUUCAACGACGAGAUACCCCAGUCCAUCCCGCAAAACGACAAGUCCUUGACCCCUCCAGCCAACUUUAAUCUCACUCCCUCCACGCCACACAAGAACCUCUUCUCGUACAAGUCUGCACAUCCCACUCCUUCAUUGACCCCACGCUCGCAUUCACGCACCGAACGAGGGCCCAACAUCAACGCUCGCUCCGACAUCUACAGCUUGUCACCUGUCAAGUACUCGUCACAGUCCAUGCUGCUUUCGCCGCGCAAGACCCCUAGAGCUGUCAGCAAAGUCCCCUACAAGGUCCUCGAUGCUCCUGAAUUGGCCGAUGACUUCUAUCUCAAUCUUGUAGAUUGGGGUUCAAGUGGUGUUCUGGCUGUCGGUCUCGGUGACAGUGUCUAUCUAUGGAACAGCGAGUCUGGAAAGGUCGAACAGCUGUGCAAAUUGACCGCCGACACCGUCACUAGUGUUGGUUGGAUACAAAGGGGCUCGCAUCUGGCGGUCGGUACAGGCAGAGGACACGUCCUCAUCUUCGAUACCGUCACACAGCGGAGGUUGAGAACAAUGAUAGGCCAUUCGGCCCGCGUUUCUUCGCUGGCGUGGAACGCUCACAUCCUCUCCACGGGUAGUCGCGAUCGCACUAUUCUCCAUCGUGAUGUGCGUUCACCGCAGCAAUACCUCACGAAGCUCGUGGGUCACAAGCAAGAAGUUUGUGGACUCCGCUGGAAUAGCGAUACAAAUCAGCUGGCAUCUGGUGGUAACGACAACAAGAUCUUCAUCUGGGAUGGUCUGGGCGAUCGCUGGUUGCAUCGCUGGGGCGAACAGGAAGGAGGCCACAAGGCUGCAGUAAAGGCCAUCGCAUGGUCUCCGCAUCAACGUGGCUUGCUUGCGAGUGGGGGCGGUACGGCAGAUCGCUGCAUCAAAUUCUGGAACACAAUCUCUACAGCUCAGCAUUCCGCAAACGCCGCCUUGACGAGCGCAAAUUCGACACACGCACACUUGGAUCUUACGUCCGCUUCCCUGUCGGCGCUGCCACAUCAUGCCUAUCCCGAUCCAAUGGCUUCGUCGCCUCAGAAUCCUCAUCUUCUGCGUACUCACGACACCGGCUCUCAGGUCUGUAAUCUUCUCUUCUCGACUUUGACAUCAGAGCUCGUUUCGACCCACGGUUUCUCACAGCACGCCAUCAACAUCUGGAAAUACCCAUCCAUGUCGCAAGUGGUCAGUCUGACUGGCCACACAUAUCGUGUACUCUACCUGAGCAUGAGUCCUGACGGCAGUGUGAUUGUCACCGGGGCUGGAGACGAGACACUCCGCUUCUGGGACGCGUUUGGCGGCGUUGGUAAAGCCAACAGGAAUGAAAACAGUGUCACGGGCAAGGGAAGUCUCGUCAAAGAGUGGAACGUGAUCCGGUAG